UCUCUCUUGGGAGGGUGGCGAGGCAGCGGUCGCGUGUCUGACAGUGACUCUCACGCUGGGGGCUGCGGUCCCUGCGGAGCGGCCUGAGAACAGGGGUUUGGGGUGGAGGGAAACGCCGGAGCCGCCCUUCCCCCACUCUCCCACGGCUCCGGCUCUGCGCCUGCUGUUCCACAGGUGGGCGAUGGAGCAGCCCGUGUGCCUCAUCGCCAACCCGGCCGAUGGGCUGGAGGUGACGGAGGAGGUGCUGGAGGCCCUGCGUGGCGUGGAUCAGCCCGUGGUGGUGGUGGCCGUGGCCGGGCUGUAUCGCACCGGCAAGUCCUACCUUCUGAACCAGCUGGCCGGCAGGAGAACCGGGUUCUCGCUGGGCUCCACCAUCCAGUCGCACACCAAGGGCAUCUGGAUGUGGUGCCUGCCCCACCCCAGCCGGGCCGGCCACACCCUGGUGCUGCUGGACACCGAGGGGCUGGGCGACGUGGAGAAGGGUGACGCGAAGAACGACACGUGGAUCUUCGCGCUGGCCGUGCUACUCAGCAGCACCCUGGUCUACAACAGCAUGGGCACCAUCAACCAGCAGGCCAUGGACCAGCUGCACUACGUGGCGGAGCUGACGGAGCGCAUCAAGGUGAAGGCGGAGGGCAGGGGCGGCCGGCAGGAGGGGAAGGAUUCGGCCGAGUUCGUGCGGUUCUUCCCAGCCUUCGUGUGGGCCGUGCGGGAUUUCACGCUGCAGCUGGAGCUGGACGGGCGGGAGAUCACCGAGGACGAGUACCUGGAGAACUCCCUGAAACUAAAGCCAGGCAGCAGCCAGCGAGCCCAGCUCUACAACCUGCCCCGCGAGUGCAUACGCCAGUUCUUCCCAGCCCGGAAAUGCUUCGUCUUCGUCCAGCCGGCUGACAGGACUGGCCUGCCCCGGCUGGAGGAGCUGCGGGAGGACGAGCUGGACUCCAAGUUCCGGGAGCAAGUGGUCCUAUUCUGCCACCACAUCUGGGAGACGUCGCAGCCCAAGACCCUCCUGGGCGGCCAUGUGGUGACCGGGGCCCGCUUCCAAGGGGAGCUCAUGCGCCGCCUGGAGGAGCAGAAGCAGGAGCUCUGCCGGCGCAAUGAGGUGGCGUCCUCGGACCGCUGCAAGGCCGCCCUGCUGGAGCUGUCGGACGAGCUGGAUGACCGGAUCAGCGAGGGGGUCUACUCAGUGCCCGGGGGCUACCAGUGCUUCCAGGACGACCAGUGGCAUGUGGUGGAGAGAUACUGGCAGGUGCCAGGGAAGGGGGCAAAGGCCGAGGCAGUGCUGCAGGAGUUCCUCCAGUCCAAGGAGGCUGUGGCCCAGUCCAUCCUGCAGACGGACGAGGCCCUGACGGAGAAGGAGAAGGAGAUGGCAGCCGAGCGAGCCCGGGCCGAGGUGGCCGAGCGGGAGCAGCAGGUCCUGAAGCAGAAGGAGGCUGAGUUGCAGCAGAAGCGGGAGGACCAGGACCGCAGCUACCAGGAGAACCUGCGGCAGCUGGAGACGAAGCUGGAGGACGAGAGGAAGAAGAUGCUGGAGGAGCAGGGCAAGAUGCUGGAUCAGAAACUCAAGGAGCAGGAGGCCCUGCUGAAGGAGGGGUUCCGGGAGGAGGCCGGACGCCUGGAGAACCAGAUCCAGCGCCUGCAGCAGCAGACCGAGGAGAUCCAGAAGCCGUCAUGGAUCCAAUCGGCGCUGGGGGUGCUGGGUGAUGUGGCCACCCUCGUGCUACCUGGCUUCGCUGGCAAGGCCGCCGGGGUCGUCAGCAGCCUCGUCCGGCGGAUGUUCUGAGGGGCCCCCGGCCUCCCACUCGCCUCGCUACCCCAGCGGCCUGUUCACCCGCGGAACCCCCUGCCACAGGACGCUCUGCCAACGAGCAGCUUAGUAACGUCCAGCAAAGCGUUGGGUGGUUCUGACUGCAACGCCGAGGGCUCCCAGCCCCCACGCUUCGUGGCCUGGGCUGCCCCCCCACACUCCGCUGGAGGGGUCAGGGAGGAAUAUCUCACCCCACAGAGCCUUGCAGGGAGGGUGCAUUGUGGGAGACGUGCUACCUCAAGAUGCACAGGUGCUAUUGGAGAGGGAUACUGGGAUGGUUGGGCCUAUUAGCAUGAUCUGUGGGGCAGGACCCAGGCGAGGUGGCCACCAGACAACCACACCUGGAGCUGAGGCAGCCUUCUGCCCCGGGUACCUCCCCAGCCCCGGGCCGAGGGAUGGGAGCUGGCGUGGGCGUCAGACGGGGACGCCUCUCUCCCUUCCUUGCAGCCGAACAGCUUUAAGCUAUGCAAUUAAAUAAACCUCCC